AUGGACGACGCGACCCCGGCGAGAUGGUGGACUUUAGCGGCCACCUCGUCUCCUACGCCACGCUUCGCCUCGCUCGACCUCUCCACGGCUCCACGCCCUCCUCCUCGUCUCCAGACGUGCCCGCGACGCCUUCCUUGUCACCAAGCUUCUCAACCUUUACUCCCGCCUCGGCGACCUCCCCUCCGUCGUCCUCACCUUCCGCCACGCCCCCGUCAAGACAUCCAUCACCUGGAACUCCAUGAUCGCGUGCUACGCCCACCACGGCUUCCUCAAAGACGCCCUCGCGUGAUUCCGCUGUCUCAUUCUCUCUCCUUCCCCUUCCGCCUGCCCCGAUUCGACGAUUCCUUCACCUGCCCUGUCACCAUCAAAGCCUACUGGGACUUGGAGUGGGGGAAGCAGAUUCAUUCCCUGGCCUGCAAGCUUGGCUUUGUGUGUAACGUUUUCGUCUCCGCGUCCUUCGUCCAUAUGUACUCCAGGCUCGGGUUCACGGACGACGCCAGGAAGAAUGGUAGGACGACAGCGGUCACCGAAUUGUUUGAGCGGAUGAUGAUGCUCGGGUUGCCCAUGGAUAAGGUCACUGUGACGAGCAUUCUGCCAGUUUGCAAUUGCACACCCCUGCAGAAUCCUUUAUCGGGUCUUUGCAUUCACGUUUACUGCAUCAAACACGGUAUGGAUUCAGAUUUGUUUGUGUCUAAUGCGUUAAUUGACAUGUAUGCGAAGUUGGGUCAUUUGGAAGAAGCACAUAAGGUGUUUAAGGGAAUGGUAGAUAGAGAUUUGGUGACCUGGAAUUCUAUCAUUUCUGGCUAUGAGCAAACUGGUGAUGCUAACUCUGCACUUAAUGUCUUAAUCUAUUCAAUGAGAUGCAGCAGAGUGGCAUUCAACCUGAUCGAUUAA